GCACACGUGUGACCUUAUCUUCUCAAAUAUGCGAGUACUGUCUCAGCUGAAGCACAGUAGCUUACGACAUAUGCAUCCAGGGUCGUCAAUGUCGUUGAAGAGGCUAGGAGGAUGGGCAAUACUAUCCUCACCCCCGAUGCUGCCAUUUUCUGUCAAGGCAGACAGCUUUACCCGCAGAGUUAGCGUACGGUUGGCUAUUAGGGCUCUGAAACUGAGCCACCGACGCGUUCGGAGCAGUUGGUGCGCUGCGAGGAGGAGAUCAGUGAGAUAUGAGGAUGAUGAAGAGGAGGAUGGGCACAACGAGGAAAUUGCGAUGUUGGAAUUCUACAGCCAGUCUGCCAAGGGAGAAGCGCUUAUUGUGGAUGCGGUGGUGGACGAGGAGGAAGUACAAGUGCUUAUCUUCAAGGGAUUUUCUUCAAGCUUGAGCUACAGAACUUCACCAGAUCCAUCAAGAAGCAUUCUUCCUGCUAGGGCAGUGAUAAAGUCCAUAGACAGAAUUAAAGGACCUUUCGACCCUUCUAAUAUAGAGUACAUUCAGAAAGGUCUAACAUGGGAAGCUUUCAAGACCAGUCUCCUAGGCAGUACUUAAACUUGGCUGGCCGGCAUUUUAGAAUAAUCUUUUUAUUAUUAUUAUUAUUAUUAUUAUUAUUAUUAUUAUUAUUAUUAUUAUUAUUUGCU